CCUUCUGUUAUUUACCUCCUUCCUCCGCAGUUUGGGUUUAGUCCGAUUCGAGGGCUUGUUUCAAAGGUCGUUAGGUUUCGGUUUUCUUCUUCGACGUGGUGGCGAUUGUCAAGUGGGGAUGAGCAGCAGUGUGACUAUGGGGCUGACAUUUUAAUUCUUAGCGUGAGCGAGCUUUAUUGUUGUGGCAGACCUGCAGGGCCUUGCUGUGUGAUCGGAAAGGAGGUGGAGCGCUGCACGAAGCCGGUGGUGUGCUGUUGACUUUGGGGUGCUGGGUUUCGUCGCCGGAUCCUCCACCCCGGUCGUCACGGCUCGUGCUUCCGCAGUGGAUUACUUUAGAGGGGGGGAUUCGUCGACUUAUCUUCCGGUCGAUAUUUACAAAAAAAAAUGAGUGCAAUCAGGAAACUUUUGAAGGGGCAAUGGGUGCAAAGGGGCCUGGCCUCCGCAAACUGUCGAAGCAUGUCCAGCCGAGGAGGUAGCUCAGGGGGUCUGCGAGUCCUGGUCGAUAUGGACGGGGUUUUGGCCGACUUCGAGGGAGGAUUUCUAAAGAAAUAUCAAGCUAGAUUUCCGACCGAGCCUUGCAUUAGUUUGGAGGACCGUAGGGGGUUUUGGGUCUCUGCCCAGUACGGACAACUGAGAAGCGACCUCUGUGAGAAAGCAAUAAGUAUAUGGGAGUCUAAAAACUUUUUCAUUGAGCUUGAACCCCUGCCUGGUGCUGUAGAAGCUGUGAAGGAGAUGUCGCAACUUGAAAACACAGAUGUCUUUAUUUGCACAAGUCCAAUAAAGAAGUUCACUUACUGCCCUUAUGAAAAGUAUGCCUGGGUUGAGAAGCACUUCGGCUGCGACUUUCUGGAACAGAUGAUCCUUACCAGAGACAAGACCGUUGUGUCUGCGGAUUUACUAAUUGAUGAUAGACCUGAUAUCACAGGUGCUGAGACUCGUCCUUCCUGGGAGCACAUCCUUUUCACUUCCUGCCACAACAAGCAUCUGACUCCAAAUCAGCCAAUCAGGAGACUGCACUCAUGGGCUGACGACUGGAGAGCAAUAUUGGAGAGUAAAAGAUAAUGGGGUGGGCUUUGUGGUUACUUUCAAAGUCAUAACCCUUAAUGAUUUCAAGCACAUUUACCUCUCACAGUAGCCUCGAUGAGAGAAUUUCCAGCAUGCAACAUACUGCUUAUACCCGGUGCUGUGGAUCUUUUAGAGGAAAUGCUCAUUUGUAUUCAUUUCUGCAGAGUUGGUAAAUUGUGACAUUUUAUGCUGUUUUUUUUUUAACUCUUUCAGUCCACGUGUACUGUUUUGGUUCCUGUGAAGUGGUUCACGGUCAAGUCAUUUUUUGACACAUAGGACUCUUUGCCUUGUGGUCUGCUUGCUAAAUGUGGCAAUUAAAAGCAGCCCAUCAUUUAUUAUUAUUAUUUUUUUAAGAAAUUCUAACAGUUUUUAGGGAAAAGCUACUUCUACCUGACACAUCCGGAGUGCAGAUCCACAUCUUCUCAAGUAUGUGUCCCAGUUAGGGCCUGCAUGGUGGCACAGUGGGUAGAAGUGGUUGGAUCCCUUCAGUCUGGAGUUUGCAUGUUCGUCUCUUGCUUGUGUUUGUUGUCUCAGGGGAGUUGCUUCCUUCCUGCAGUCCAAAGACAUAUCGAUUAGUAACAACUCCUCCAUUGUGAGGCCAUCAUUGUGCUCCAUGAAGGGCCAAUGUUCUGUCCGGGGUUGUUUCCUGUCCUGUGACGAGCAAGCAGAGAUAAUGUUUGGAAAAUGAUGUCCUCGUUAUUAUGACCCUGCUGACCUAAAUCCUCAGCUCAUGCGAAGCACAUACUUUUUGUCUCAUUACCAGUAAAUGGUAUUCUGCAUCAGGAAACUCUGGCAAUCACUAACAUAGUGCAUAUGAGAUAGAGGAGCCAUAAAGAUUUAUGACCCUUUAUCGCAACUGCAUAUCCCUUCUGCCUGUCACUGCAUCACUUCCAGCUUGCAUACAGCUGAGGCAGGUGCAUUCUGGGAAGUCCCCUUUGUGGAGACGUUCUGCUUAUUUGCCCAGUUUGUAUUUAUAAACUUAAUGUUAAUGGAAGCUGUAUGGGGUAUAAGACAAUCCAGAUGCUUUCACCCUCUGUGUUAGCCACAGCAGGACAUGCCAUACUGUCCUAAGGCAGCAGUGCCGAUGCUCUGAACGAGAGAUUUCUCUUUGGUUUGCACAAUGUAGACAUUUGAGGUUUACAGUAGCGUUGCUGUUAACGGACAACAUCCACCAUGUCAAGAAGCCAGUGGUUCUAGUAUGCGUCUCCUGGUGAUGGUGGAGAGUUGCUGCAAACAUUUGCGUUGUCUUACUGUGCCAUUGUCAUUCUAGAAAGAAAUCUCAUGUCUUUUUGUUGCACAAAGCCACCUUAUAUUUCAGUCCACAUACUGUAUAUGAUAUAUACUCAGGUUUAAAGGGACUGGCAUUACAGAUAAUUUGGUUGUUAUACGCUUACUUUGUUGUAGUGACAUAGGAUGUCAGGGCAUAGAAACCCCACAGCAGCUUCGACCUUAACGGGUUACGAAUGCCUGCUUCUGUACUCCUUUACCAGGAAAAGCAGGCGAUGACCUCUGAUUAACCACUGAUCGUUUUCAUUUAAACUUAAAGAGCACUUUCUACUGUGAAUGUAAAAUGUCCAAAUCUAAGAUAGCACAAAUGCAAUUGACCUAGAAGGCCCAUGUGGCUCAGUUUUGGGAUGUUGGCAGUAAUGACUUCGUUUGUGUACGACAUAGGAAGCUGUUGUUGAGAGCACUUUAAUUUUCUGCUCAUGUAGCCUCUUGAUUUGGGUCAACAGCUAAUUGUGAUGUUUUUCAUUUUGGCCUUUUUUGUGUGCCACUCUACCACUCAAGAUGAACAUUUCAUUUGUAGGAUUUAACUUUGGCCGUUACACACCCUCUCUUAUACUCCUUGAUAGUUAUGGUCUCGGGUUUGAGGAGCCUUAUGCAGCUUAGAGUAGCCUCACCUCUUUUUUUUUUUUUUUUGUUUGAAGACAAGCAGAUGAGCCACCUAAAGUGUUUCUUGAACUCCUAUUGUUAAGCUAUUGACGCCUGUAUGUACCUGCUGUCACUUUCCCUUUAUUUAUCCUCGGUCCUAGCCAUUACAAAUUCACAUGCCUAAGAUAACAAGCAAUGAACAGGGCAUUUACUGCGUAUGUGUGUGUGUCUGUUUUUAAUAGAAUAUAACAUGAGAAUUUUAUGUUUGCACUUAAAUUGUGAAUAUAUCAUUUUUAAAACCUGUUGAAUUAUUGUGCAAAUGCAUUUAAUGAGGUACUUAGCAGGCUAGAACGAAUGUUGCCGUUCAAUGUUUAUGCAUCUGACAAGCAGAAAUCUUACAUUUCUUAUUGUAAUUUACAGUUUUAUUCUACUUUAGUCAGACAUUUAACUAUUAAUCACGGUCAAAGCAUUAGAUGAAUUGUCGGUACAAUGAUAAGAUGAAGUGCCUUCCCAGUGUGUCAGUCAAUACUGAGAGAAGCCAACUGCAUCUGCUUUUGUAAUAAUUGUGCUUGCUGCAGCCUUUCACGUGCGUUACCUGCCAGCCCAGCCCAGUCUGAUGAGGGACCCAUCGAGCCUUUUAAUGUUUUAAUGUUAUUUGUAACCGUUUUUAGAUACAGGCCUAAUGCCAGCCUGUUUUGUUUUGUAUGGCACCUUUCAUGGUGAACACCAGCUCAAGACACUCGAGUGCUCAAUUCACGUUGACUGCCUGUUUCUGCUAGCUGAGUCGGUCGGUCGGUCAUUUAACAUUUUUAUAAUUCUGAUGAAAGUGUUUUUCAGAUUUUAAAUGAUUUUAUGCAGAAUCUACCCAUUUCAUAAGUUUUAGAAAUCUUGUUUGUUUAACAGUUUAAGGAAUUGUGAAGCGCCUAGGCUUCAUUACAACAAGAUCUCCUUCAAGUUAUUUGUGUAGAUCAGCCAUGUUAAGACCAUCCUUAUAAUGCUGGGCAAAUAAUUAACACGACAAGGCCCAACACAUAAGAAAAAGUAAGCUUAAAAGAAUAACAUUUUAAAAUAAGACCUAUCAGUGGGUGACCUUCAUCAGAUGUAUAGUACAGAAUAUCUGAAUGUCAUUGCCAGGCUGGGCAACACGGGCACCUCAGCACACCCCAUACCUGGUUUCCAAUCUACAAGACAUGGAUCAGCUUUUUAUCCACUUAGGCAUCCCCCACAUGUACCCAGAUGAGGUGGUGAUGCCCCUUUGGGAUAUUUGGUGUUGUGAUUCUUUCCACCAAUAUGCCAACGAUGAGGCCUUGCCUCAACAUCUUAGCCCCAGGCUAAACUGAGGCCUGGAAUUCAAAGCGGUUAUUACGCCUGUCCAGAAUCAGGCGUCUGUCUACCCCAGUAUCAAAAACAACGCCUAAUGAUCUUCAGAAACUAAAAGUGAAUCAAGAGAGAGAAACGGGGAAAGCUGUGGCUGUUUAAAGAUAAGAAAAUUUAUUAACAGGAAACAACAAAAAAACUAAGGGGAGCCAAAAAAAAAAAAAAUAGAUAAAAAGACAACCUGAAACAAACAAACAAAUCUAAUCCACAGUUCAAAUUCAAACACCAAAGAAUCUGAAAAUCCACAAAAUCCUUUGCCAUGAAGGUGCGUCUGCUAAAACAGUCAAUGCCGUCCUGGUGGUCCUGACCCUCUGCCUGAAAUGAACAGACUUGAGGGAGUUCUCCAGCUGAACGUUCUGGUUGGUCCCACCCCUAAAACUCUAUAUAAAGGAGACAGGGCGCCUAACUAAACACAGGAACACAUAAAUUAAAUUGUAUUAAUAAAAUUUAAAACAUACACAUAAACCAAAGACAUAAUAUUUAAAGAACAAGAAGUGAAAAUACAUUUAUAACAGGGCACUUGUGACAGUCUUGUGCUUUUGCUUUUCAUCCUCCAUGUGUCACUUCCCAAAAGAUCAGGGAAGGGUAAAUGGGGGACAGUGAAGAGUUUUGUCUACUUAUUGAAUUGGUGGGCAUCAGGAAUGCAAGCUGAUUAGUCGUUCACUUCACGGCCACACGCAAGUCAAGUUGUACAAAUACGGAGAUGGUGGGGCUACAGCUAAAAGGUCAGUUGGUGUUCACCAUGGAAAGGUGGUCUGCGAAGUCGAUUAGCAAGCAGGGGUCUGAAUUGAAUAUGCAGUCGCUGCCUGUCCCCGUGUUCUAAUAAAGUGUGUGCCCAUCGUUCUGCUGCUCUGCAGUGAUGUGGUAAAGCCUUCUGUUUCUGCCUUCUUUCAAGCUCUGGGAAGGCAGCAAAUGUAAACGCCAGUCAUUUUUUUCAGGGGGCUCCUCUGCGCAAGACCCCCCCCAGUGACUGGCCCAUGUCUGUUUUUUGGGACAAAUCUGAACAGAAAAACACUCUGCAUUGCAAAUCAGAGGUGCCCGUUACGUUAUCCACAUGCAUCUCUAUUCUAGAUAUUUAGUGCUUGGCGGAGAUCAUUUUGAAAACGAAUGACAAACUUUAUAAAAUAUGAUGAGGACGUGGCCAUCGACAUCGAAAACGACUGCGUCUCAAACAAAGUAGUGGCUUAGCACUGCUGUUGAGCAAAAUGAACGUCAGAAAAGCCCACACACAGACUGAAUGCUGAGCGUAUUUUUGAUGUCCUGUCACCCUGCAUGAUUUCAUCUCUAAGUGAAUGAUGUAGUUUUGCACUUUUAAUUUACUUCUUCACCAAUAAUGAAGAUAUUGGUUAUAGUUUAUGCAAAUAUGUAGAGAUCAAAAGAACCCUGAGAAAGUUUGUUGAUGAUAACGUUUCCGGAAUGUUACAGAUGUCUAUGGUGCUUUUGUGUGACCACUAUGUAUGCGUGCGACAGUGGCAAGUCCUUUAGCCAAUUCAGGGCACCUCAGAUGUAUGGAAGCCAUUUGAAUAAAUGCAUAAGCUCAC